UUCUGCCCAUGUGCAAACACAUUUGAGGAGACCCAAGAGACAUCGUUAGGGAUCCAGACUAUGAAGACUGUCAGUAGGAUCCAGUUAUGUUGGGGCGCCCUGGUCAACGAGAGCUGGGUGAUCACCGCCGCCCACUGCAAUGUCACGACAUCUGACUGGGUUGGGGCUGGGCUGUAUGACCCUUCCUCAGGUAGGAAAGACAUCCAGAUCCUGAAGGUUGCUCAGGUUUUUCUACAUCCCCAACUCAAUCUGAGUGCUACUGGCAAUGACAUCGCUCUGCUGAAGCUGGCAAGGCCUGCCCACUUAUCCACGCCAGUGUACCCAGCAUCCCUGCCCACAGCUUCUGACCCCUUCUGUUCUGGGCGCCUGUGCAUCACCAUGGGCUUUGCAGUAACGCACUCUAACAGUGAGUCUGGACUUAAGCUCAGGACAUGGUCUAAUGUCGGGCAAUCAGAAGAGUAG